AUGGGACGUGAGACCUUAAAAGAUGAUGGGCCUCUUCACCAAUUGUCAAUUAACUUCGGCUUGGACGACCGCAUUCUAAUAUGGUAUCAGAGGAUGCUAUACAGAGCUGGAAGUGUAAAGAGAAUCAAGAAAAGAAUGCUUUUAAGAUCAGUUGAUUUCAUUAGGUCUGUUCUAAUGGUUUCAUAUGCUGCAACUCUAAAAUUUCUUGACAAGAAUCUGGUGGAGUUUCACUAA